UCUUUAUAGUUUUGCUCCCUUGCGAGCCGUCAUCGGAGGCAGUGCAAAGCUGUAAGCGAAGAACGAAACGAUGAUGACAUGUGACAGGCCCGGAUGCCGAUGAGGACCUUACGGCACCUGGCCUGAUUCUUAUGAGGUCGUCCUGCCAGAUGGCCGAAGGAAUCCAGAUCCAGGCUUGGACGACUCAAGAGAUUCGGUGUAUUAAUAACUUGGGAACACGCCCGCCUGUGCUUCUCGAUUCCUGGUCCCGGUCCGGGAGUUGUCGCCAAAUCAAACAAAUGUUCUCCGAGGCGCAGUCCAGUCCUUAUCUCGAACCUGACUCGGUCUGAAAAUAAGCACUCGAGAUCGAGUCAUAUUCCAGCAAAACAUGCAAAAGCACUGAGCAUCAGUUUUCCCGAUGCCGAUCCAUCAACGUUAUACAUCCACAGGAACUGAUGGACACACUGCUGGGCGACCUGGGCAAUCUACGCUUUCGGGCAAGACCAGACCAGACAUACAUACAUACAUAUGAACUUACAGCGGAGAACCCCGCCGCUUAUCUCGCGUAGCCAGUCAAGGGGCGGGAUCCGUGUACAUCUCCCAUCCCGUCUGAUCGUAUUUACUUCCGUGGUUCCUUUUUUCCACCAGAAAUUCUGCUCUGUCAUGCAGCCCGUGCGGCAUGCGCAAAAAUAAGAGCAGAGUGCAUGCGGAAACGCCGUGUGAGACGCGGACCCUCGAACGGACACGGGCCAAGCGAGAGACACUAGCCGGCCAAAGCGUGUGCCUCCGGUAGGCGGAGUCGACUGGGACCCGGCGGUGGCUCAGGCUCUGGCUGGCAGGCCCCCCCGUGUCACGCGGGGCGGCACUCGAUGACGUCGCAGAUCUACUUAGCUCCAGGAACGGCGAGUCCGUUGGACCAGAACCACCGGGGACCCAGCUGUCGAACGACUCGGACACAUACCCAAGACGUUCACACCGAGCCUCGCGGUCAGCUGAUCCCCAGCGCCGAUCAACUGACCCGCUCUAGGCUUUUCUGCCCCAGCGACUCAGCAAAAGCCUGGGGGUAUUACGAGCACGGGAACUGACGGGGCCCACGUUCUGAGCGUAAGCAUCCGGCGCACAGUCAUCUGGUGCGUGGGGGCCAUUGAGUCCUGCGCCGCGCCCGGCAUCGGCGCGUGUGGCUGGCACUGUCAAGCUUUUUUUUUGCAGCGGCACGAGACACAUGUGCGCGCACACAUGUUUCAUGUGAGGUGGCAAACAGCAGUUUUCCAGCUCGGGCGGGAAUUCGCGAACGCUUGGCAUGUGGCAUUUUCCCGGCAAGACAGAGUGAAUUUAUGCAUGCAACCACCGCAGUCCCUCUUCCCACAGUGGAAAUAGCCGCCAGUUGGUCUGUAAGCACGAAAAACUGGUAAUCCAUUCACACCGUCACGCACAUGCAGCAAAAAAAAACUUCUUGUCCAGCCCAACUUCUAGAACUCCGUCUCAUCUCUGAUCGAUCUGGGGCGACCGCAAGAUCCGGCGAGAACACAGCGCAGAAUACGCUUUGUUUCAGCGAACAGAAUCACGCAGCAGACGCCGGUGGCGUGCGAGUGGCGUGCGUCUGCGUCUGCGUCUGCAUCUGCACCUGCGCCCCCCCACCCCACGUGCCUCGGCGUCACGCGCCCCCGGCCGUCCGAAGUCGCCAAGGCCCAGUGCAGGUUGCGCUUCUGGUUUUAUUAAACGCCACCAUCCGCGCGCGCACUGGCCCAAGGGCAACCCCGAGAUGGACACCACCGGAUCGCAGAUCGAUACCCCCCCCACGCACGGUGCGGUACGAUAUGCGUCCGGGGGCACGAAGGAUCCGAGAUGCCAACGGGGUACCAAGGCGCAGCCGGGCCCGACGAACGGUGCACGUUGGAGCGUCAUGGAUCGGAGGAGCAGACGUAUUUCUUCGUCGCGGGACCCGCGAGUUUGGAAGAGCCGUGUGGAGCUCGCGGAAGGCUCUCAGGUGAGACAGGACAGGAAUAGAACAUGGACCGUCGUGCUUGGCUCCACCGUCUUCGAAGACCGGUUCGCUGUCGGGUCUGCCGGAACGAAUACGAGGUCGCGAGGGGUGGUAUCUGGUCCUUCCUGACGCACACCUUUCUGCAUUCGAGCGGAUCCGGAGCCGGGAUCUGCAUCAUCUGAAAACAGAGUGCAUGAUGUCAUGAGCCGUUUUUGUCUUGGUUGAGACAUCUGUCCUCAAGAUCCGAAUGGCAGACUAAGGCAACCAAGGCAGAGAGUGGAGGUCAGAAAGAAGCAGCGGUGAUCAACGCUAUCGUCAUUGCACGUGAGCCCUAAGUUCUGUUCGGAUCGUACAACCACUGUCAAUUUCUCGGGCGCGCUAGUCAUCUCUCUAUCUCUGGUUGACUUCGCUGCGCUCCCGAAACCGGGCAGUUUAACUAAACUCGGACGAGGUCUUGCGGUGGAUAUUCUCAACAUAUGCCUAUAAAUAGCGCCGCUGCAUCCCUGGUCCUGCACUACUGCCCUCUUCAGCAUGGAAUUCGAGCAAAGCUUUGACAUCAUAUUCGCCGGUGGAGGCACUACAGCGUGCGUCAUUGCGGCGAGGCUGAGCGCUGCAGUGCCGUCACUCAGCAUCCUGAUCGUUGAGGACGGACCGGAUACGCUCGACUCGCCGAUGCAUCUACAGCCAGCGUUGUUUAUCGAGAACAUGCGCAACCCUGCAUCGCCGACGAUGCAGUUCCACGGGACGCGCGACGCGUCUGGCAAGCUGAGCAGCGUGAACCACGGCCGGUGCGUCGGCGGAAGCAGUGUCAUCAACGCGAUGAUCUACAACCGCGCGGCGGCAAGCGACUACGACGACUGGGCGCGAGCUGGGAAUCCGGGCUGGGGUGCCGAGGACCUCAUCCCGCUCGCGAAGAAGCUGGAAACGUACCAGGGCAAGAUUGUCAACGACACGCACGGUUCUUCGGGGCCGAUCCAGGUGUCCCCGGCCCGCGCGCUCGGACUUGGGGCGGACUUUCUGGACGCCGCGGCUGCGUACCCUCGCGGCCGAUCCUUCACCGACGAUCUGAACGGGUUUGGGCCGGUGGAUGUUUACGGCCGGUGGCCCAAAUACAUCGACGGCCCGAGCGGACGCCGGUCCGACGCUGCGAACACGUGCCUCUACCCCCGGCUCGGCACGACCGCCUCGAACAUCCGCAUCAUUUCGCGCGCCCGGGUGUCUGCGGUGCUGUUCGACGGCUCCACCGCCGUGGGCGUGGAAUACCACUCCCGUGACCCCGGGACGGUGCACCGCGUCGGGGCGAGCAAGAUGGUCGUCAUCUCGGCUGGGGCGUUCUGUUCGCCUGCCAUCCUGGAACGUUCUGGGGUGGGCCAGCAGGCGAGAUUAGAGCUUCUGGGGGUGCCCGUUGUCGCUGAGAUCCCCGGUGUCGGCGAGAACUAUAACGACCAUAUCGGAGCUGCACCCUCGUAUUUCGCCGACGAAAGUCAGCUCACACUGGACGGGGUGCUUGAAAACCUAUCAGCGACGGGCGAUGCAGAGCGGGGAGUCGUCGCGUCAAACGGCUUCGACGCUGGGAUCAAGCUCCGCCCCAACGACAGUGAUCUGGAGGUCCUGGGGCCUGGCUUCCAGCCCCGCUGGGAGUCGUUCUUUAUGGACGCCCCCGACAAAUCCGUGCUGGUGGCUAUCCUCGCCGCAAUGUCGCUCCAGGCCGUCCUGCAGAAAUCCGACCACGAGAGCGGCUCCACGACGGUGUUCUCCCUCACGUACUACCUCUGCUACCCGGGCUCGGCCGGCUCCGUCCACGCCACCUCAACAGACCCCUACGCCGCACUCGACAUCGCGACUCACCUGCUGACCAAAGAGGAAGACGUCCUGGCGCUCCGCUGGGGCUACAAGUGGACCCGCGAGCUCGUGCGCCGCAUGGCCAGUUUCCACAGCGAGGUCCCCGCCAGCCACCCGCACUUCGCAGACACCAGCGCAGCCAAGGCGAUACUACUAGACGAGCGGCACGUCGGCGCGCAGGCCCCGGAGAUCCAGUACUCGGCCGAGGACGACCGCGCGAUCGACGCGUACCACCGCGCGGUCGGGGCGGCGACGUGGCACGGGCUCGGCACGUGCGCGAUGAAGCCCAAGGCCGCUGGGGGCGUGGUCGACGCGCGCUUGAACGUGUAUGGCACCGCGAGGCUGAAGGUCGCCGACAUGAGCAUCGCGCCGUCCAACGUCCUCGCGAACACGUACAACACCGCGCUCAUCAUCGGCGAGAAGGCGGCGCUGAUCAUCGCGGAGGACCUGGGAGUGCCGCUCGCGUAGGUCGUAUCAAUGCAACAGGUUUUGAUAAGUAGUAUCUAAUCUAACACGUGGCUACUGCACAAAAAACAACAACAUACAUAAGGAGGUACUGAGGCAGGUACAAUGGUGAAUGAAUGAAUGAAUGGGGUACACAAGAAAGGUUACAUGGAAAGCGUGUGCGUGAAAGAAUGCGUGCAUGUGUGAUGAGGGUGCCAGAGUGACAAUGUGAAGUUACAUAUAGAGAACAAGAAGAAGGGAUCGGUGAUGCGGCAUAAUCGUAUGGUCGUCGAAACCUAUCGUGUCGUGUCGGACAUCAAGUGAAUUCACCCAAUCAACUUGCGCAGGAACCCGAGCAGCAUCCCGGACAGGUUGCUGAUCAC